GCCGCUGCGCCACUCCCCACGGGCAUGCUGGUCGUGCGCGUCCCAGGGGACGAGUACACCUCGCCACAGGGCAGCAAAGGCAACUGCUACCAGACCAAUAUGGCGGUCGGCAUCGCGCACCGCGUCGCCCACCGCCUUGGUGCACGCGGCCAGUCCCUCGGAUUCGCAAUCCCCUACAAAGACGUGGCGCUGCCCAUCCGCAGCGGGCGCGCCCUGACGGCAUCACUGGCCCCGACGCUCGACUACAUGAUCGGCGCCACGGCGACAUGGCCGGGCCGCGAGAAGGACGUCAUCAUCAUUUGCCUCACUAAGUCGAACUCUCACAUGCCCAGGGGCCACAUGGACGAG